AUGUCGGACACCGAUUACAUCAAGAGCCUUCUGAAGGCCCACCCCGACUUCCCCAAGAAGGGCAUUGUCUUCCUGGACAUCUUCCCAGUCCUCCGUGACCCUGUCGCAUUCGAGACAUUAAUCACCCACUUCGUCCACCACCUCACCUCCAAGACGAUCCCUGCCUCGUCGGCAAAGAAAAUCGAUGUCCUCGUGGGCCUCGAUGCACGCGGUUUCCUCCUCGGUCCCAUUAUCGCGAUGAGGCUGGGCGCAGCGUUUGUCCCUGUGCGUAAGAAAGGCAAGCUCCCUGGCGAGUGUGUCACUGCGAGCUUCGAGAAGGAAUACGGUAUUGAUUCCUUUGAGAUGCAGUCUGACGCUAUUAAACCCGGCCAAUCGGUCGUCGUGGUCGACGAUCUCAUUGCAACUGGUGGAUCUGCUAGAGCCGCCGGUGAGCUCGUCUCCAAGCUCGGCGGGAAGAUCCUUGAGUACCUUUUCAUUAUCGAGCUCACCUUCCUCAAGGCUGCCGAUAAGCUCGACGCCCCUCUCUAUUCCAUUGUUCAGUGUGACGACUAG